AUGAGUAGCCCACCCGCAGGCCCUGUGCCACAGUUGCUACAGAACUGUGGAAUGGGCGAGCUUCAACAAACCAUGUUCUGUAAUCCCACAUACCAUUCGGUACAGCAGGAAGGCGAUUGUGUCACCGCAACUAUUGUCCAAGACAUCAGCGAUGGGGAAGCAGAUGUUCGACCACCGCCUCAGCAGGUUCUCAGUCCCGCUCCUAUCGAUCGCACCAGUCUGAGUCCUCCCAGCGAGACUGAAUUGCGGAAUGCUAUCGAUACUCAUCCCGCUUUUGGCUUUGCGGAUACUCCGCUGUCGCCAUCGAAUCCCUUCUCCAUGCAACAACUUCCUUCGAUCUUGCCCACUCCCCCUGUGGGACCGAACUUGAAUGAUCCUUAUGCAGAUAUUGAAGUAAAAAUAGCUGAUCUGGGUAACGCAUGUUGGACUCAUCACCAUUUCACCGAGGAUAUACAAACCAGGCAGUAUCGGUCGUUGGAGGUAUUGAUAGGAGCCGGCUAUGGUCCUCCUGCUGAUAUUUGGAGUACUGCUUGUAUGGCCUUCGAAUUGGCAACAGGUGAUUACCUUUUCGAGCCGCACAAUGGUGAUAAUUAUUCUCGGGAUGAAGAUCACCUUGCUCAUAUCUGCGAAUUACUGGGAUCAAUUCCUCCGUCUGUAUAUAAGAAGGGACAACACUGGAAAGAAUUUUUCAAUAAGCAAGGUCGGCUGCUCCACAUACACCAAUUGAAGCCAUGGCCUCUACUUGACGUUCUUCGUCAAAAAUAUGACUGGCCUUUUGAACAGGCGCGACAGUUCGCCUCUUUCCUCAUUCCAAUGCUCGCGUUCGAUCAGGACGAGAGGAUUACCGCCGCCCAAGCACUGGAACACGACUGGUUGAAACCAUUCGGAGGAAAACCUCCACCACCUGAUGUUCCCAUAGAGGUGUUGAGAAGGAUCUAUCCAAAUGGUGAGAUACCAGGAGCGAAACCAGCAAGCUCUAAUACAUCAACCGCGGUCGUGAACGGUAACGAUAUGCGAGAAAUGGAUGUGGACAUUGAGCAGGCAGAUUGUCGAUGCGAUGAGCUUCUCGAAGGUGCAGCAGGUGCCGAAGUAUAG